UCUACCUGUCCUACUCUUCAUCUGUCCGUGGGCUGUCUACGCAGUCUACCCAUCUAGACCAUCGCCAAUCUAUCCCUCCCUUGCCCGCAUGCUUUGUGCAGCCGUCGGCUCAUCGCCUUUGCGGGCAAUGGCGUCAGGAGAACCCCUGCACGUGAAGACCCCUAUCCGUGACAGCAUGACCCUGUCCAAAAUAGCCGGCACCACCGUUUAUCUCAAGAUGGACAGUGCCCAGCCCUCCGGCUCCUUCAAGAUCCGAGGCAUCGGACACUUCUGCAAGACGUGGGCCAAGCGAGGCUGUGAACAUUUUGUCUGUUCCUCGGCGGGCAACGCAGGCAUGGCGGCCGCCUAUGCGGCCAGGAAGCUGGGUGUCCCCGCCACGAUCAUCGUACCCAGCACCACGCCUGCCCUCACCAUCCAGCGGCUCAAGAAUGAGGGUGCCAUGGUCAAGGUGGUGGGUGAGACACUGGACGAGGCCGUCAAGGUGGCCAAGGCCAUGGCGAAAAACAACUCAGGCUGGGUCUACGUCCCUCCCUUUGACGACCCUCUCAUCUGGGAAGGCCACUCUUCCAUCGUGAAGGAGCUGAAGGAGACGAUGAGCACGAAGCCAGGGGCCAUCGUGCUGGCAGUGGGGGGUGGAGGCCUGCUGUGCGGAGUGGCCCAGGGGCUGGCGGAGGUGGGCUGGGGGGACGUUCCCAUCCUCACCAUGGAGACCAUUGGAGCCGACAGCUUCAACGCUUCCACCAAGGCCGGCAAGCUCGUCACCCUGCCCCGGAUUACCAGUGUUGCCAAAGCCCUGGGCGUGACCACCGUGACAGCGCAGGCUAUGAAGGUGUAUCAGGAACACCCCAUUUUCUCUGAAGUUGUCUCAGACCAGGAGGCUGUGGCCGCUGUUGAGAAGUUUGUGGAUGACGAGAAGAUCCUGGUGGAGCCCGCGUGUGGGGCAGCCCUGGCCGUCAUCUACAGCAACGUGGUUCAGAGGCUGCAAAGAGAGGGGAAACUCUGCACCCCCCUGUCCUCCCUCGUGGUCAUUGUCUGUGGGGGCAACAACAUCAGCUUGGCCCAGCUGCCGGCGCUCAAGAAACAGCUGGGCAUGCUGCAUUAGCUGCCCUGGUGAGGGCCCCUCCCCUACCAGGGAGACCCCUGGAAGGGCUGGAGUUUUAUCCCGCAAUUCGUCAUAAACAUUAGUCUUGUGUCUGUUGGGAGCCUGUGGCCCGGGCCGGCCGGUAACCUUGUUCUCAUGUGCCAAGGGGCUGGAAGGCCAGCAGCUAGUGAGGCUGUGAGCGGAACUCUUCUGGUAUCUGUGCGACUGCUCUGUGGCCCCUGUUAUCCUCCCCUGCCAUGGUGACAACCACCCGCGUGGAACAGACCAGGUCCCCAGAGCAGGGUGGGCGGGAGGGACAGGAACCACAGCAGUGGGGCCUCCUCAGGAUGAGGUGUCCCCGACCCAGGAGUUCUCCCUGGCAAGGUGGACAGGGCCACGGUCUAGGCUGGAGGGACCAUCUUGCCUUUCCCAGGACGCCGAAAGCCCAUCCUUACUCACUCUUCUAAUGUGCAAACUUUCCCUGAAGAAAAGCAUUAUUUAUUGAAACGAGGCUCCUCUGAGUUUUUCCAUCACGGCUGUCUUCCUCCCUCCCUCCCUUCCACCCCACCAUGCCUGCUGCCCCGCCACCGCCCACCCCUGACCCCGGCUCUCAACAUUGAGCACCUCUCCAUCCUCCAGCCC